GCCGAGCAUCCCUUCGACGGCCUCCGCAGCCGGGGGGCCGCCGGCGCAGGCAGACUUCUUGUUCCAGUGCUGGUCAACAGUGAUAGUGAUGUCACUAGUCCAUUGCAUGCAGGGAUGUCUGAGGGUGAGCAGGAAAGGAAGCAGCUUUAGACAGUAACUUCAGCUGCCUAUAAAUGCACAUCAAAACACAGCAUUGCCACGGCUGUCUGCCCAGCAGACCUGGUUGCAAGAGCCAGAGGGAUGGUGGUAGUCACAGGGCAGAACAAAGCCAGUGGAAAUCUGGAUGAUGCCAUGUCGAGUUCAGAUGCAGAGGAUGAUUUCCAAGACCCUACCACUCCUACUGCGACUCAGGCAGGGCACCUGCUGCCUCUGCUGCCUCAGCAGUUCCCGGAAGUUGUUCCGCUUAAUGUAGGAGGCAUGUAUUUCGCUACCAGACUGUCAACACUAAGACGCUAUGAAGAUACCAUGUUGGCUGCUAUGUUUAGUGGAAGACACUACAUUCCAACAGAUGCUCAAGGCAGAUAUUUUAUUGACAGAGAUGGAAAUUACUUUGGAGACGUUCUUAACUUUCUGCGAUCUGGUGACCUGCCACCUAGAGAACGGGUGAGGUCAGUUUACAAGGAAGCUCAAUAUUAUUCCAUAGGACCGUUGCUGGACAAUCUAGAGGAAGUCCAGCCUCUUAAAGGAGAAAAAGUUAGACAAGCUUUCCUGAGCUUAAUGCCAUAUUACAAAGAACACUUGGAGCGGAUAAUUGAAAUAGCUAAGCUUAGAGCCAUGCAGAGAAAAGCAAGGUUUGCAAAGUUGAAGAUCUGUGUUUUCAAGGAAGAAAUGCCCAUCACCCCAUAUGAGUGUCCACUUUUCAACUCUCUACGUUUUGAAAGAAGUGAAAGUGAGACAAAACUGUUUGAACAUCACUGUGAAGUAGAUGUAUCUUUUGGCCCCUGGGAGGCUGUAGCUGAUGUAUACGAUCUUCUGCACUGUAUUGUGACAGACCUGUCAGACAAGGGAAUUACUGUGGAUCAUCAGUGCAUUGGUGUGUGUGAUAAACAUCUGAUAAACCAUUAUUACUGCAAGCGCCCCAUCUAUGAAUUCAAGAUUACUUGGUGCAUUGGGAGCAUGCCAGCUUGAGCACAGCUAAUCAUGGAGACUACAUUCCCCAAACGCUCUCCAGCCUGGUCUGCACGGGAGGUGGUGGAUCUCAUCGCUGUGUGGGGAGACGUCUGUGCAGGCAGAGCUCCGAUCCAGCAGAAGAAAUGCUGACAUCUAUGCAAAGAUUGCUUGUGGAAUUGGGGAGAAGGGCUACAUGAGGGACACACAGCAGUGCUGUGUGAAAAUAAAAGAACUUUGCCAAGCGCACCAGAAGGCAAGGGAGGUAGUCAUUCUGGUGCUGAACCUCACACAUGCUGUUUCUACAACGAGCUGUAUGCGAUUCUCCGAGGUGACCCUACCAGUAACCCCACAAGCAACGUGGACACCUCACAGGUGUGUGAGUCUAGGGACAACAAGGAGGAUAAUAUGGUGGAUGAGGAUCAUGGGAGACAGUGAGCGGUGGAUCCAUUCUCCCCGAGAGCCAGAAAAUAUUUUUAACCCUGGAGCCCUGUGGGUCACAGGACGUUACGGUGGCCAACCGUGAUGCCGGGGAAGGCACCUCUGGUGAGUAUAUAGUUACAGUCAAAGUCCAGUUAAACUUUAGCAGGUGCACACAUUCGGUGGUAUUUCAUGUUUACUGUGAAGAAAAAGCGAGAUGCUGUGGUUCUUUGCUUUCAAGAGGCUGCUUCAGCUACGCAGAGGGUGGCCCCAAAAACUACUUUUUAUGUGGACUGGGAUAGUCCGGGAAUCCUCCAUGGAUAUCUCUAGAAAACUUUCAUGGAGAUACUCUGAAAUCCUUUGCAGAAGGUUUCUGGGCAGUGCAGUCUUAUUUCUUCCACCAUGGUAGGACACUUUCCAACGCAACUCCUGAAUGAAUUCUGCUAGCAUCAUUGUGGUACACAGCAUAGCAGCAUGAGGACCGGGUCUAUACCCAGACGCUUGCAGCAUCUGCUUCCUUUCCACCUCUGUUACCCUCAGGAGACUGAUAUUUCAUAGGGUCGGCUAGGGGAAAUGGGGAAAGUUGUCAUUAAAAGUGCUCUUAUAAGAAAAAAAGAGCAUGUAGACCUCCCCCACCCCAUAUUCCGGAUUGCCAAACCUAAUGCUAAUGUGCCUUUAGGGUUGGGAAGUAGUUUAAGUGGCUGUUAGGGGACUGGGGCCCCACAUGUGAGAUUCUGCAAUUUGAGAGUGAAAACGCACCCCCCACCUUCGCCCUGUUUGUAAACAGCUUUCCGUGGUGCUAUGGGGAAGGGCUAUUGUUUGACUAGCUACCUCUGCUCCCGACAUGAACCUGCCAUAAACUUCAAUAAAAGUGCAGUCACCCAUGACGGGGUGGGGGGAGCUAUUCACCAUGGCUGGAACAGCAAAACGGUGCAGUGAAUGGUUAUGGAUUCUGAUUGUUAUGGCUUGCACCUAGUGUAAUAAGGGUGGGGUUUUUUUGGUUUGUUUUAAUGAAAACAGCCUUGCUAUGGAAACAUCCUAUGCAUGUACAAUGGCUCCUUUCUUUUUCCCAUGACUGACUCCCAGCUGAAAAUGUGUCCUUUGGCACGUCAUCAACACCUGAAAGCAGACUUUCGCUGAUUAGAAGAAGGUGAAAGAGAACACGGGAGGACAUGUUCACUGAGAUAAUGAACACCUCUGGGGCAGCUGACACAGCUGACCACAGCUGAGAGGGUGGAGGAUUUCACUGUCUGAGAAGUUAGACAUGGACAUGGAGAGCAGGAGAGCUUCCAAUGAGCAAGAGUGUGUGGCAUCGGAUGAGAUGCUUUGGAUUAUGACUAAGACAUAUUGAGGCAUCUGGUUGAACUGCAGGAACAGAAGAGGUCCCUCUUCAGACCUUGGUGGACAACCAGCCAGCCAGCAUCGCCUGGCACAGAAUCACCUUCCCCAAAGCAUUCCCUGAGGCGUGGGAGAAAAGUCCAUUAUCCCUUUCAAUUAUCUCGGGAGGAGGGUACAAGGAACAGAAGGUUCCUUUGAUGGUCUAGAAUAUGGUGUUAUAUUACACAGCUAAAAAUGUUUCUUCUGUUCCAACUUUACAACCCCUUUUCCCUAAGGCUAAUUUUUUUUGUCUGUUUUCCCUCUUUACUAUAGUUGUUAAAUAAAGUACAUAAAUGGAUUUGAGAAACAAAUGUUCUUUAUUGAGUAGAAACAGUGGGCUUGGGGGGGUAGGGUUGGCUUUACAGGGACAGUGAUACAAGCCAAGUGAAGGUUUGGGAAAGCACAGUGCAGACAAGCAGCUCAUGUUACUGUGACUCAUUAUUGAAACGGCUUUUCAAAACCUCGUGGAUAUGCAGCGCCCCUUGCUGUGCUCUUCUUAUUGCCCUGGAGUCUGGCUGUCAAAAAUGGCUGCCAUGCAAUCUGCCUCAACUGCCCAGCCAUCCGGAAAAUUUCCCCCUUUUUUCCCCACAGGUCUGAAGCACACAGCAGGCAGCAUAACCAUGGGGGUGUUCUCUUCACUAAGGUCCAACCUUGUUAGUAAACUUCUUCAGUUCCCUUUCACACUACCAAAGGCACAUUCAACCACCAUGCUACAUUGGCUGAGUCUAUAGUUGAAGCAUUUCUUACUGCUGUCCAGAAGGCUGGUAUAUGGCUUCAUGAGCCAUGGAAGCAAGGGGUAGGCUGGGUCCCCCAGGAUAAC